GUACAUAACUUUUUAAAUUUUAGUGACCUUAUUCAAUAUAAUGCUAUUUUCAACAGUGACUCUAAGCUUUUAGAUUUAGUGUUGGGAAAUGUAGAUUGUACUGUGUCACACAAUAAUAAUCCAUUUGUUAAAGAAGAUCGUUACCACCCAGCUUUAGAAGUUGAUGUACUUUUGCAUUUUGAAAAAUAUUAUAAUUUUCCUGUUCACAAUACACAGAAUUCGAAGCAAUAUAAUUUCAAAAAAGCCAACUUUCCUUUAUUAUACGAGUAUGAGUCACUGCAACAAAUUGCCUGUAAAAUGUUUUAUGACAAGCUUUAUUCAACUUUUGAUAUA